ACAGGCUCGGAUACUGAUUACAGACUUGCGUUUUUAAGCCUCACAGCUCAAGUCUUCAAGAUCUCUAUCUUUUGAUCCUUACAUUCGUUUCUUUAUUACCAGGCUGUAUAGACCUGUACAUACUACAGCUAUGGAUUCCACAUUCUCUCUUAGACGCUUAGCCGUCGCUACACUCCUUUGUGCUUCUCCCGCCCUCGUCAGCGCGCAGGCCGAGAACAAGGCCGCCGCUCUUCAGUCUUGCUUGACGACCGCCGGUGUCCGCAACGUCAUCAGCACCGAUGCCACCUGGGCCGAUGAGACCACCGGCUUCCAGAAGCGCAUCAAGGUCGACCCGGCCGCCAUCUCCUUCCCGGAGAACAAGGACCAAGUCGCCCUGUCUCUUGACUGCGCCCGAAAUGCUUCCACUUCGGCGUCUCCCCUCGGCGCCGCCCACUCCUUCCAGGCCUACGGCUUCGGAAACCCGGGCAGUCUGGUGAUUAGCAUGGCCGCUUUUAACUCCGUCUCCUUUGACGCUGCCACCAACCGCCUCACCUACGGCGGUGGUACUCACGUUGGCCCCGUCCUCAAGGACCUCUGGGACAACCACGGCCGUCACUUCCCCCAUGUCCGCGGUGCUCACGUCGGUCUCGCGGGCUCCAGCAUCGGUGGCGGCUACGGCUCUUCUUCUCGCCACCUUGGUACUCCCAUGGACAACCUCGAGUCCGUCGAGUACAUGCUGUACAACGGCACCAUCGUCAACGCCGCUAAGGGUUCUGACCUCUUCUGGGCUGCUCAGGGUGCCGGUGCCUCCUACGGCGUCCUCCUUUCUGUGACCACCAACACCCACAAGCCCCUUUUCGACACCGCCGUCAACUUCACCAUUAACGGCGGCCAGCUUGACUCCACGGCCGCUGCCAAGGCCGUCAUCGCCAUCCAGGACUUCUCUCUCUCCAAGGACUGCCCCGAUGAACUCGCACUCCGCUGGUCCCUCAGCGGCCCCCCUUACACCGGCACCGGCUACUUCUACGGCAACCCCGCCGACUUUGACACUGUUAUCGCGCCCCUCAUCACCGCUCUCAAGGCCAUCGGCGCCAACGGCACCGUCGCGAAGACCGAGCUCCCCUUCUGGGACAUGGAGGUCGCCGUCGCCGGCGCCGGCAUGAACCAGCCCAACGGCGGUACCCUCGGCGGCCGCUCCUUCUACACUCAGGCUCUAACUAUCACCACCGACCACCCCCUGACCGAGGCCCAGGCCAAGACCCUCUACGAGAGCACCACCAUCGCCUUCAACCGCACCGACCUCCGCAAGUCCGGAUUCCUCGACCUCUGGGGCGGUGUCUCUCGCGACAUCGCCGAUGCCGACACCGCCUACGCCCACGGCAAGAACCUCUGGCUCAUCCGCUGGGAGGCCAACUCCGUUGAUGCUACCUCCUACCCGGCCGACGGCACCACCUACAUGAAGGGACUCAUCAAGCCUUUCGAGGAUGCUCUCGUUGCUGGUGGUGCUUCCCUCCGCGGCUUCGUCAACUACGCUGAUACCGAGCUCUCCGAGGCCGAGUGGAGCUCCCGUCUCUACGGCUCCAACUUUGACCGUCUUAAGCAGCUUAAGACUGUCUACGACCCCGAGGGUGUCUUUGUCAACCACAAGCAGGCUAUUCCCCUUCCUUGAGCGGUGGCAGUGAACUUUUCAUGAUUGUUGGAUAUACUUUACUUGGGAAUGGCAGGGACAAAAAUUGACAGGAUACCAUUGGUUUCGACCAAAUCACCAAAGCUUUGAUUUCACUUUUCCAUCGUCUUCCAGAAUAAGUGCCCACAAUUGCUUCCAGUGAUGAGUUUUCAAUUGUAAGCAUACGAUGUCCACGUAACGACUGGAAUUUUGUUCGAGGUCCCUACCUUCCUUUCUAUUAUUCGCAUACUUGUUAGCGAUGAAGUUUCAAAAACUCUCCGUCCAAGGUGUCCAUGCUCCUCAAUAUGAGUCGCGUCUCACGCGCAGCUUGCUGUGUGCGGAGAAGAGCA